GUAAAGGGAAGAGAUCCGCAGACACUACCACUGUUGUGGUGGAUCUUGAAGCAGAGUCUGCAGGUGCGACACCUCUUGAGAGGAUGUGGAGCAGGCUGGUUUCCUUGAAUGUGAAGAAGGUCAAUGAGGAUAUCUUGAGCUUGCCAAUGUCUUGCAUGAUCCGGCCUCCUAUAGACACUCCCGAUGGUCGGAGAUCAAGGGAGGUCAGAUUCCCCGCAGAGUACCACGUCAGGGUCCACAUGGGGUCUAUGGAGAGGGCGCCCUAUGGGGACCACUUGCCUUAUGUGGGCAUGAUUGACCCUGCCGUGUGUACAGUCGUCGAUCAGGUGGAUGUGCAGAAGCUGCGGUCAGGGAGCUACACCAUUUGGAUUUUGGGCGGCAGUCAUUGUCGUGAGGCACGCAGCUGUUUGAUGGUGAAGCACCCUCAAGUUGACUUCUACAAGAGGUAUGUUUGCUAUGUGUACGUGGGACUUACUGUUGAGGAGUCCCUACUGGUGAUCCCUAUCCUCACAGAAGUUAAGAGUGGGGUCUUGUCACUUGACGAGAUGAACCCCAAGUUCACGCUUCUUAAGGUCCGUCAGAGGAUAGCAACUGCAUUCGUGGAAGGGGUAGGGGCAGAUAGUUGGGAGGUUGCCAAGGAGGAGUUCCCUGUGCAUACGCGGGAGGCUAUGUUGUCGCAGUACUAUAAGUUGUAUGAGAGGAAUGUCAAGGAAACUCCUCUUGCUAUGCAGCUCUACAUUGCCAAGGCCCUCAACUACAGGGACAGGCUUCAACAUUCACAGCAAGAGGAGCAAACAGCAGCAACACACGAUCCUAAGGGCCUCCUUACAAACUGGACUGCUUUUGAGGGGGAGGGCUAUAAGGGAGCCGUGAAGGUGGCGUACUGCAACAUGCUUCAGCUACCAGAGAAAAUGGAGGACAUUAUGGACUUCCCAUGCGGCUACAAUACAGAGGGUUCUGUGGAUGAUGAGGAGCGGUUCAGUAAGCCUCAGAUAGAGGGCAGCAUUGAGAGCUUCAAGAAGAUCACAUGUGCAUCAUAUUGGGUCAUUGCUGGUUUCUGCUCCUCUGACAUGCUCACUGACGUGCAAUCUGCAUUUUCAACUGUUUGUAAUUGUGGGGUGGAGGUGGGCAUUUGGGUGGCCCCCAACAUUAGUACUUCUGCAGGUCUCAAACUCACUAAUUGCUGGCAGCAUUGUGUUCUUGGUUUUCAUAGUCAGAGCGGCUCCAGGGAGCCCUUUCAGUUUCAGUUCAGCGACUCUGACACCAGGAUGACCUGCUGGAGUCACUAAAGGCUUUAGCCCUGAUGGUUUCUAUUGUUUUAUUAAGGUUUUCACCGACUUUUAUUGAAUGACCGU